CGGAAAUGUUACGCAGCACAACCAAAAAGCAGAACAGAGCAAGCAGUUUAGUCAGGCAGCUAUUAACUCAUCAGAGCUUGGACAUAGCUAGCGAAAGAAAACAGAACAGAAUCAAUACACAGCAAUAAAUAUUUCAAAGUUGGUACAUACAGAAAGCAGGAAAGCUUAACAUAAAGAGUCUUAAAAGUGGUGAAGAAGGACACACUGCAACAUGGCUGAGAAUUGUUUAAAAUUCCUGAAGGGCACCCUGUUCAUCUUUAACUUCAUAUUCUGGAUCUGUGGCUGCGUUAUAUUAUCACUUGGAAUCUACUUGCUAGUAGAAUACAACUACGGCGCCCUCUUCCCAUCAUUGCCGUCUUUGUCUUUUGCCAACAUUCUGAUCAUUGUUGGCGCUAUUAUUUUGGUGGUGGCGUUCCUUGGAUGCAUGGGUUCCAUAAAAGAAAAUAAAUGCUUGCUGAUGUCUUUUUUCAUAUUGCUUCUCAUCAUUCUGUUGAUUGAAGUAGUGAUGGCAAUUCUUCUGUUCAUUUAUGAAAAAAAAAUCAAUGAAUAUGUACAGAUACAAUUGAACGAAGGUCUGAAAAUGUAUGAAUGGGAAAACUCAACUGGAAUCACCAAAGCCUGGAAUAUGAUACAGCAGCAGAUGCAGUGUUGUGGAGUGAAAAAUGCUACUGACUGGCCUCAGCCCCCAAAAUCAUGUUGUAUGGGAAAUUCAUAUUCAAAUAACAGUGAGUCAUGUUCGACAUAUUACACAGAGGGUUGUUACAGGAAACUGGCAGAGUGGUUUGAAAACAACUUCCUCCUUGUGGGUAUAGCUACCAUCAUUGUCUCUGUAAUUCAGGUGCUGGGUAUGUCUUUUGCCAUGACCAUGUACUGCCAGAUUGUGAAAAACACAUAUCCAAUGAACUUGUGAGAGCUGCAGAGAUGAUGUCUGUAUUGCCAAGUGGUGUCUAUAAUGUAUAUAGCCUUGCAAUUUAUACAUAAACCCUGUCACUCAUAAUGAUGUCAUUUAAAAUACAGAUGUAUAUUUUUAAAUAAUAAUAUUUAGUUUUAGAAAGAUAGACAAAUUGGUCAUAUUGUUAAGUUACCGGUUUGAUUACUUCGUCUUUAUCCAUUUCUCAGUAGCAGUAAUAGGGGACCCCUUGUCUCUAGUUGCAAAAAAAAAAAUGCUCUGUCUUUAGUGGAAGCAUCUGAUGAAAUAUGUUAAUUUCUUCUUGCAGCUUCUCAUUCUUGAUUGCCACAAGUCUUGUUUCAGCUUUGCUCCGCUGACAGGCCCUGACCAGAUUUUUAAGUCUCUUUAUGAAAAUUAAAUUAAGAAAAUCUAAGAUGUGUGCACGUCAGAUUAAUGGAGUUCAAUUUUAAGCACAGCAUGUUUUGUUUUCUUUUAUUAAAGACAGUCAUUCAUCCAUGCGCAUGAGUAACAUCUACUCCUAUGGAGACCCUGGAAACUGCCACCACCAUCCACAGAGUUUACUAGACAAGUAGGAUUAGGAUGCUCUGACUCAGGAGUAAGGUUCAUUCCUGUUGUGGCAUUAAAAAUCCCUUAGAAUUGUAAAUAUUAACCAGUUGGAUAUCUAUCUGCAACAUACUCAGUCCAAGUUCAGAGCACAGACAGGUGCUUGGAGGGUUAUUUAAUGCCUGCAUGGACUAAAUGGAUAACAACAGUUCUUCUGAGGAAAAUAGAUUUGAUACGUUCAGUGCAUUCUGAUACCUGAUGAAGACAGGUGAUGCAUGAUUUAAAUUGGCCUUUCUACAUAAGAGAGAGCAUUAUCUGAUUCAAGGCAUGCUAACAACUCACACAGCGCAAGCCUCAUUUCUAAUACAAUAUUUUCUUGGCCUCUAUGAUGCCAGUUAUCAACAUGGCACUGAAAUUUUUAAACCACACAGUUACCUACUGCUGGCAGAGAAUGAUGAAGUAAUAUUGACAACAUGAAUGGUAUCUUGUACUGAAUACUAAACAGAUUUCAUCUCAACUGACAGGCCUCAGCUCACAGCCAUAUGGUGCAUUUCAGUGAUACCAUCUCUAACUGUCUAGAAUGCUGAGAUGCUUGCUUAUGCCAUUUGUUAAAUAACGAUCCAGAGUAUGUUCACUUUUCAAUCACGGAUGAAUGCAUGCACAGUCUGCAGGCCUAUGAAGCAACCACAAAUGAAACAUGAACAUAAUUAAUAUGAAAAUAUUUCUGCAGUCCGUUGCCCUGGACCAGCUUUGACGUUCAUUUAGGGGAAAGUGAUUACAUAUACAUUAGUCCCUCAUCACCACAAGAUAUUUUGUUUGGUAUAUUUUUAAGUAUCUUGGUUAAAUAAUAGGUUUUAAUGUACUGAUUUUAUGAUAGCUGAAAAUAAUUCAGCCCAAAGAUCUUUAGUACAGAUGUUUGUGGGAGGAUAAGUAGGUAGUGAAGAGAUACUCUGAUGCUUUCUGUAACACCUACAACUGUGUUAUUUAAAUAUGUCAAGCAAAUGUGUUAACUGUGAAGAGUGCACCAGCACCAGAAAGGCUAAUCAAUACUUCUGAAGUAGCAAAAUAAGAUUUUAGGGAAUCAUUUUGAAGCAUAACAGCAGAGAAUCAAUAUGUGAGGAUUAGAAAUGUGGGGUAAGUGCCAGAAAGAGAUCAGUAACUCUUUGUGCUGUUGAUAUCAGCAAGUGUUCCUUAACACAUUAAAAUUCAAAAUAUACAAAGUUAGUAGAAUUGCAUUUGUUUCACUUUUACACAGUGUAUCAUAGAAAGCUGUUACUCAAUGCAUAUCGGAAGAUAUAAUUAUAGUGUUAGGCCAAUAUAUCUGACCAUGUAAAGUGCUGGACUAUGGUAUCCACACAACUGCUAUGAUGUAAAUGCAGGGGAGAGAAAGGUGCAUGCAUCCAGCACAGGGUGAGAGGUGGAGAGACAGAGGAAGAUGAAGAGUUAGUGUGCACAGGUAUCAAGUCACAUCACUUGUCCUACAGUACCUGGGCUACUGGCCAAAAACAUUAAAAAUGCAAGCAGAUGGAAAUGUAAAACCAUUUCCAGCAGUUAUCUACAGCGGAACAUUUCAUUUUAUUUAGUAUAGUAAUCAACACUGAGCAUUUCCAGACAGCUGAAAUGUGUAUGGCACAUUGUCAUUACUUCAUUGUGCUCCCCAUUGUGUGAUAAUGAAGCCCAAAGCUGCACUCUCAGUGUUUUAAAUAAUAUCAUAUUGCUCUCUGCAGGGAUAAUCAGUCUGCUAAAAUAAAUGAUUGCAGAUUAUUCUUUGUAUAUAUUCCAUGACCAUCCUGCACAACGUACACAGUUACACAGUUUUUACUUAAUCAGAUCUAAGGAAUCAGAGUAUUGACUAACACUUGUGUACUAUCCAUAGGUUCAUAGGUUCAUAGGUUGGUACUAGGCUAUCGACCCUAGGGCCCAUACAAGCCUAG